AUGAUUAGAAAUUAUUUAAAUUUUGCAGAAUUAUCAACUCAAAUAUAUUUGAAUCAAUAUACAAUUUUAUUAUUUUUAAUACUUGUGAAAUUAUUCAUGUUAAGAAAUUCAUUAAUUAAUACAAUAUCAAAACAAAUCAUAGAUAAUUCAAUAUGUGAUGAAGAUAAUGUCCAACCUUUAUUAGAUGGAAUUCAUCGAAUGAUAAUGGAUAAUUUAACUAAAUUAAAAUAUACUGGAAUUGUUUUCAUUGUACUUAUUAUUAAAACUAUUAGAGAAUUAACUAUAUUUUAUAUUGAUUUUUUAUUGGGAACUUACAUAUGUUUAUUAAAUGCAUUAGUCAAAGGAACAACAGAAGUUGCAUUUGAUGCAAGUGAAUCAGUACUUAAAGCAUUGAAUGAAACAAUAGUUGAAGCAACAAGUGAAAUUGAAGAUGGUUUACAAGGCUUAUCAUCAUUCAUAAAUGAUUUAGUUACAGGUUUCAAUGCAAUAAAAAACUUUUUCACAAAUGGUAAAUCAGCAGAUACUGGUAAACAAUAUGAACGAAAAAUUAAUAUAACUUUGGGUAAUCUAAAAAAUAAAAUUGUUAUACCUGGAACGGUUUUAGAUAAAAUCGAUAGUGCAAAGAACAUAAGUUUAAAUGAAUUAAAUGAUUUAAAUAAUGAAACUCAAACUUUAUUAGAAACUCCAUUUAAUUUAAUUAUUCAAAAAUUAGAUCAAGUUAAAUUAUCAAAUCUGACAACUAAUGUUACAAUUGUGCCAAUAAAUGUUACAGAAGCAUGUAUGAAAACUGUUUAUGAAGUUCAAGAUACUCAAGAUAAAUUAGUGAAAAUCGUGGAGGUAAUAAGUAAAUACUUACUAAUUGGAAUGAUCUUACUUAUUAUUGGAUCUAUCUUAUAUGCAUUUUAUAUUGAAUCAAGGCAUUGGAAAAGAACUACAAAUUUUAUAAAUGAGAACAAUAUAGCUGAUGAAGUUGGUUUUAGAAACCAAGCCAACAUAUAUGAUAAUCCUUUUUUAUACACUAUUGUCAAGAGAAUGGGAUUUAAUUUGAAUGAAAAUGUUAUUUGGAUGAUAAGUUAUAUGAGUAAUAAAAUGACAAUGAAUGUUUUAACAUUUGGAUUAUUAGGAAUAUUAACAGUCGUAUUACAAUACAUUUUAAUCAAUUAUUUACUGUCUGAAAUUUCAAAUCAAAUAAAAGAAAUGGAUUACAAGAAUACAACUUCAAAUUUAACUUCAAUGUACAUAAAAUCAAUGAAUACAUAUAUAAAUACAACUGAAUAUGAUUUAAAUUCACAGUUAUUUGGAGAAAUUAGAGAAACUUCAACUAAAAUCAACAAUACAAUUUCCAAAUUUCUGGAUAAUUUGAAUACUGCAGUUUCAGAUAUUUUUGGGAAAUCAUUCAUUGCGUCAGCUAUAAAUACAGUUGUGUACUGCACUAUUGGUAGAAAAUUAGAAAAAAUUGAAGAAGGUUGUACUUGGUUAAAUAAGAAUUUACAAAUUAAUUUACCUUUAAUUUCAUCAGAUUUAGAAAAUGAUAUAAAAAAUAUUAAAUUUUUAAAUUCGAAUUAUUUUCUAUCUAAAUUGAAAUCAAUAAUUGAAUUUUAUUAUAAGAGUUUAAAAUUAGAAUUAAUUAUUGCUUUAUUUUUUUUAAUAGCCUGGUUAUUACAAUUUUUGAUUGGGCUUGUACUAUUAUUCUUAAGACAAGGCAAAUCAGAUAUGCAAAAUCUUAAUUUAAAAAUGUUUAAAAUUGGUCCACCUAGAGAAUUAAAUGAGAAAGAAAAAAGAGAGUAUCAAUAUCCUAUAUCUGAUCCAAAAGCUAUCAAGAGAUUCCCUCAAACUUCUUCUAGCUUUUACCCACCUGUAUAA